UCACGUCUCUCGGGUUUUGCCGAGGCUUCUCAUUGGACGUAAACACGCGACCAGCGCGAGGAGGGGGGCUCCCAGGCGCGUGCCGCUUUUUAAACCGACGCCGCGCCUUGAGACACCAGAGAAGGAGUCCCGCACGCGACCCGUUAUAGUGCGACAGUGCAGCAGUGUGCCUCUUAAGAACUUUUUCUCGGUUUUUGUAUCUGUUGCGCGUGUUGGAAACAUGGAAGUCCUGAGUGUGUGCGACUGGAGCAAAGACGCGCUGCAGGCGGUGGCGGCGUUCGGCGCGCGGCUGCAGCAGACUCCCAGAGUCGUGGAGAGAGGCUGCGACCUGGAGCUGGAGGAGUCCAGCUACGAACCUGGACUGAUGCUCGUGGAUAGCGCCAGUGACCCACGCGCCUGGCUGGCCUCGGUGCAGCCUUCUGGCACCUGCGCGGCACACGCCUCUUCACCCGAAUACCUGCGCCACUCGCCCUGCCCGAGCACCGGCUCCUACCAAGAGAGCGGCUCUCCGGGGUCAUCGGGACAUCCCAGUCCUCACAGCCACAGAAAGUCUGCCUCUUCCUCGCUCAAAGUCAGGGACCUGUGCCGCCUCAAAGGCACCGUCACUGGGUCUGAUGAAGAGAGACACAGAGCCCCGUCCACCAAACCUGUCCACGGGGUGCAGAAGCAGAGGCGCGUGGCCGCCAACGCGCGCGAGAGGAGGCGGAUGCACGGGCUGAACCACGCGUUUGACGAGCUGCGCAGCGUCAUCCCGGCGCUGGACAACGACAAGAAACUCUCCAAGUAUGAAACUUUGCAGAUGGCGCAGAUUUACAUCAACGCGCUGGCUGACCUGCUCCAAGGCCCGGUCUCCUCCUCCUCCUCCUGCAGCAGCAGCAGCAGCAACUCUGACAUGUCCAACAACAACAACAACAACAGCAGCAGCAGCAGCAGCAACAAUUCGCCAAAGUGUGACAUUUUGCUUACUGCUGCUGUUGGCUUUGACGCAGCCACAGACAAAGCGUCUCCGUCCCCCGGCAGCUGCAGGACAUCAGCGGCGGCGGUGUCCGUCUCAAACAGCAGUUUACCUGUGCACAUGAGCGGCGCGAGCUUCCGCUCCUCCUUUGACAGUAGUUCGUUUUCUGCUUUGGUGGAAGAAGCGAUGUGUUCGUCCGCCUCUUUGUCCUCCAUCCGGCCUGGCAGCUCGAUGAUGGCUCCGGUCAGUGGCAGGAAAGAGUCUCCACGCAGCGACGGAGAGUUUUCCCCGCACUCUCACUUCAGUGACUCUGACGAAAUCGCGAUGGAGCUUCACUCGAGUGAAGAAGAAGAUCUGUCCGAACUGAAGCUGCCCAGCCACCGUCCAUCAUACAGACUCAUCGCAGAUUAAAAUCACAUAUAUUUAAAGUUCACUCCAGCGACAUGAAGAGAAGAGAACAUUUUAAGCUGCAAAAAGUCAUUUUCAAUUUUUAAUAACAGCGAUUCUAUUUUAUCAACUUGUUGAUGAGAUUUUUUUUAUGUGAUAUAUAUAUAUAUUAUAUAUAUAAACAUAUAUAUAUAUAUAAUCCAAAUUCGGUUCUGCCAAUCGACAUAUAGCCUAUAAUUUCAAGUUACCAUGGAGACGUGGAUGGAAGACCCCUCUGCCAUGUCGCGCGCAUGAUUGCAUGCAGCACUGCCACGGGUAUUUUCACGUCACUCCGACCAAAAAAAACAAACAAAUCUGUCUUCCACAGAAACCAUUACAGCAGUAUAAGGCCUAAUCGUUUAUAUUUGAUAAUGUAAGGAAAAAUGUUCUAAAGUGAUUUAUUUUUGUUGUUGUUGCGAUACAAUGUUUAAUUUGUUUGCAACUUUAAAAGUUCCUGAUGUGCACUUUAAACCUUGUCUCGAGCCAGAGGCUUGACACAUUUGUUUUUUGUUUUCAAACCGUAAACAACAUUGUUUUUUUUGCUUUGUUUGAUAGCGUAGAACUGCCAAUAGCUCUGUGUACAAAUAUUUAACGUAGCCAUCAUUGCUGCCUUCUUUUUAUAUUUGUUUUCUUUUGUAUCUUCAGAUGAACUUGUGUCUUUUGCUUUCACUGGAUGAGAUAAAUUGACAUGUAUUUAUUGCUACUAUGUUUCAUUUGAUUGUGCUUUUUUUAUGUAUAACUCCAUAGUUACAUUUGCUGAAACGAGCUUUUGCCAUUUAUUAUUAUUAUUGUUAUUUUAAUUUGAUUUGA